UGUCAAAUGUCAAUUACAGGUGAUUGCUCAAAAUAUUUAUUAAAACUGAAAUUUUUGGAAACGUCAUAAUAAAGAGGGAUAUAGGAUUCUAGUUAUAUAUGAAUAUUUUUUCAACAUAUUAAAUAAUAAAAAAACAGUAAAAAUGAUGCAACAAUAUAUGAAGGAACUUGAACAGGAACCCUUUGACGCUAAGGAAUUUGUUGAAUGUCUUGCAUGGAGAACUAUAGCAGAAAUUAAGCAAGAUGGAAAAGGAGAUUUCAAUGCCUCUUUGUUACAUGAAUCAUUUAUACAAGCUAUAAAGGAUCUAACCUUACUACAAGAACGACAACAAAAAAAGUGUGAACGAUUGGAAGCUAUAGUUAAGGAAGAUGAAGAAAUAUUUUGUAAAAAGGUUCAAGGUUUUCUUGACCAAAAUAAACAAACAAUAAACCACUUCCAAGAGUUAGAUGGAAAAAUUAACCAUGUAGCCACUAAAGUUCUUCAUCUAGGAGAUCAGUUAGAUAGUGUUAAUGGGCCUAGGUCACGUGUGGUAGAAGCACAGAGGCUUAUGACACAUUUGAGUGAAUUUAUAUCAACUGGGCCUUUGACUUCAUUGCUGUUCACGGAUCCUAAAAGGAUCGACGAUGCAGCUGAUGUUAUUCAAAAGUUAUAUCUGAUUUCUCAGGACUUGCCAUCUCCCAAAUUUGAUGGAGUUAAACGAAAAAUAGAAAGAAAGUAUGAUGAAAUUGAAAGAGCUCUUAUUGAGGAAUUUGUAAAUGAACAGAAAGUGGGAAAUUUGAAAAGAAUGCAAGAAAUAGCUGCAGUACUUUCAGAUUUUAAAAAUUACACUCAUUGUAUUGAUGCCUUUAUUGAACAGAGCCAAGAAGGCUGCCUUUUAACGAAAGAUGUGUUCACAUAUCUCUUCAAAUUGUGUGAGAGUAGUGAGGAAAUCAUCAAGAAAGUAUUUGUUAAUUCGGAACAGGUGAUGGCUAAAUUUGUGUUAAACAUUUAUCAACUCAAAAUUGCUGAAUUCAUAGCAAAAAACUUAGAUGGUACUAAAGAUAUUUAUGUUUAUUUAUGUACUCUAUAUGAUUUGUAUAUGAAGACCAACCAACUGUCUACUGAGUUAUCUGUUUUCAAUUUUGGGACUGAUAGUAAUUAUUUAGAAAAGUUAACGAAUAAUAUAUUCAACAAAUAUGUGGAUAAUUAUAUCAAUCUUGAACUGAAGUGUCUAAGGGAAAGAAAUAGUGCAAAUCUUCAAAAAUACUAUGAAUCCAAACAUCAUCAAAAAAAACCUCUACAGUCUGGAGGGUUUCAAGAUUUGAGGAGAGACAUUCAAGCUGUAAUUGGAACAAGAACAAAUAUUAAUAUUGUCCAAAUUGAAAACUAUGGUGGGGAAACAUUUCUUUCUGAAGAGUUGGCUAUUACAAUCCUUCAAGAUACAAAAAAUGCAUUUCAAAGAUGUGCAUUGUUAUCUAAAUCAGAGGAUAAGGCUAAUAAUGCUUCCCAGAUAUUGGAUAAAUUGAUGAAUUCUCUUUUGAUAGAACAUGUUGAUUAUGCCUUAGAGUUGGGGCUCCAAUCUGUGCCUGUUGUAGAAGGCUCACGGUCUCCUCCUACCAUCUAUUUCUUCACAGUGGUUUAUCAUGCAAAUAACAUAAUUCACUUGGUGGAGAAACAAUUUUCUGAUAUUGUUACGCCAUUGAUCAUAAAUACUCUGAAGUAUGAUGAUUGUAUUGGAAGGAAAAAAUUCAUAUUAGAAGAUAUUGAAAAAAAGAUUAAUAUUGGUUUGGAGAGAUCUCUUAAUGCUAUCACUACUUGGGUGAAAUUGUAUUUACAAAAUGAACAAAAAAAGAACGAUUUCAAGCCAGAAACUGAUGAUUUUGAUACUGUUGCAAGUUCAGCAUGUAAACAAGUUUCACAGUAUAUAACAGGUGUGAUCAAAGAAAUAAGUGACAACCUAGAUGGGAGUAGAGUUAAUCAAGUUUUACAGGAUUUAGGUCUCAAAUUGUACAAAAUCGUGUAUGACCAUAUGCUUCAGUUUCAGUACAAUACGGCAGGCGCUAUGGUUGCAAUUUGUGAUCUAAAUGAAUAUCGUUCUUUUACAAAACCUCUGGGCCCUACUACUGCCGAGCAGUUUGAAACACUUCAUGCUCUUUGUAAUCUUCUAUUAGUGAAACCAGAAAAUUUGCAACAAGUCUGCUCUGAAGAUUCCUUGGUGAAAUUGGAUAAAUCUAUUUUAUAUAAUUUUAUUCAGCUAAGGAGCGACUUCAAAUCACAAAAGCAACACUUUUUCAAAACAUAAUCAGGAAUUUCAAAUAAUAAUUUUUUGUAUUAUCAUGUAGUCCAACAGUUAUAUCCUUGUGAAGUGCUAUUGUAAUUAAUCAAUUAUUUUUUGAAUAUGUUAAUUGUUAUAUACAUUCCAUUCAAAAUUAUUGGAAUACUAGUUUUCAAAUAAUUUUAAGUUGAUUGAAUCAAUAAUUGCAUUGUCAGAUAUUAUUAUAAUAAUAAAAAGUAUAGGCAUGUUGUAUAAA